AUGGACGCCGCCGACAACGUCCGCCAUAUUUUGGGGGCCGAAGCAGCAACGCCGAAGCCGUCGCGGCUGCCGCACCUGCUGCGCUUCCCCAUCGUCAUCGUCCUCAGCCUCGGGUGGUCCGCCGUCGGCUACUCGCUCAUCUCCCAGUGGACGACGAGCGACGAUGUGGCGGCCUUCGGCAGGGUCAUAUCCCAGGGGGAGAUUCUGCUGCUCCUCGCAUGGCGCGUGUCCGAACUCUGUAUCGCGUGGUACGGAAACUACGAUGGCUACGAUCUAGCGGCCUUGAGCACCCUCGCCUACGGUCCUAUUGUCUUUCUUUUCUCGAGCUUUUACCGCGUCCGGCCCUGGACCCUCGCUGCCAGUCUUGCGGUCGAUGUUCUCUCGAGCGUCGCCCCGUUCGCGCUGCUGCGGCCCUUGUCCCCGGCGCACGCGGCCGCGGCAACGGUUCCGAACCGGGAACUACUGCAGGAUGGCCCGAUCAAGACCUUCACUACUCUUUAUGCAACGGCAAUAUAUGCUGUAGUCCCGGCACUCAGCUACAACGCUUGGUUGCGAAGGUCGCUGUUGCUCAACUUUACGGGCAUCCCGUCCAUCGAACCCUCCUUGUCUCUGGGCGCCAACUUUUUUACCGGGGCGCUCUUACUUCUCUUUGGGUAUUCUGCGCGCGUAUUCGUCUUCGACGCGGCUGUUGCUACGGGCACUACCCCCGAGGACGCGGUCGUGGAGGCAUUCGAUCCCGUCAGCGCAACGCUUGGCGAGACUCUCUGGCAGAAUGUGUGGGGAUUCCGCACGCAGACAAAGGUUGCGAUUCGUCGGACGCUUGUGGUUGUGCUGGUCAGCUUCAUCCGCACAACCUCUCAGUGCACUCUCACCGUCCAAGGCGUCGAGGUUUGGGGAGCCGCAGCGUACGCAUCGGUCUGGGCGGUUGCGUCCAUCGUGGCUGGCACCGCUAUGGGGUUGGUCAUAGAUUGA